AUGGCCCAAGCCCCGUUAAAGAAAGCGAAACCCGGCACUGGCAAAAAAUCAUCCUCAAAACUCGGCCCCCGCGUAAUCGCGCCGAAAAAAGCCCAACUCGCGAAACAGCGCAAGACGAUGAAGAAGCUCUCGUCAGGCCUGAUCAACAAGACGGAGAAGAGUCUUGCGGAACGAGCGGGACAUUUGGAGUUGUUGGUUAAUGCGAAGAAGGAGAAGAUGAAAGAGAAGAGGGCUGAGUAUAAGAAGAAAUGA